GUUUUGAGUUUUGGAGUUUUCAUAUCUAUACCCGCUGUAAUUGCUGUUUAAUUUUAUACAAUAUUCCCAUUUUGUAACAAGUAAUAUGUUCCAUAAGUGAUUCAUUUAUUGCAAGGAAUUGCUCAAUAAAAUUUUGUUUAAUCAAAGUAGUUAUCGAUAUCGACCUGUCAAGGAGACAUUUUUCAUCAACUGUCUCUGCAAAUUUGCAAAAUAGGAGACGAAAAUCCUUUUAAGUUCUCUAAUUUCAUAUCAAAUCUGCCACCAAUUGGUGGUAGGGCGAUGCCUCGUUGUAGCAAACGCACGCGCAGCAGCGCACCCACUAGUGACGUACUGCCUGGAGCCACAACCAUUGAUGACCACCAUCACCAUAAACGAUCCAGAAACAGCAGUUCAAGACGACAUUCCAAAACAGAGGAUACUAGUUUCAGUGUAAAGAAAUGUUUAGCAUGGUUUAAGGAAUACACAACAGUGUCAGAACCAGAUGUAUUAGGUCCAGAAGGCAUGGAAAAGUUUUGUGCGGAUAUAGGAGUUGACCCAGAAAAUGUUGUAAUGCUGGUCAUUGCAUACAAAAUGGGUGCCAAACAAAUGGGUUAUUUCACACAAGAGGAAUGGUUAAAAGGUUUAACAGAACUUCAGUGUGACAGUGUACAAAAGUUACAAAACAAAUUAGAAUACCUACGCAGUCUUCUGAAUGACCCCUGUAUAUUUAAGGCUAUUUAUAGAUAUUCAUACGAUUUUGCAAGGGACAGCGGGCAGCGGUCGCUGGACGCCGCGGCGGCCCGCGCGCUAUUGGGCGUGCUUCUGCCGCGCUGGCCGCUGCGCGCGCCGCUGGCCACGUUCCUGCAACGCGAGCGGCGCUACCGUGUCGUCAACCGCGACCAGUGGUGCAACAUCCUCGAGUUCAGCCGCACCGUCGACCACCACCUCGCCGCGUACGACGCGGACGGCGCAUGGCCAGUAAUGCUUGACGAAUUUGUAGAGUGGCUAAGAGCGGAACGAGCCAACGAGGCAGCCAUGCCACCCGCCAGCUGAGACGCACAUACGCACCACAUUGUCAGAUCUUACACAUAGUUGACUUCGACUUCAGCCAGAUCGCCCUGCUCCUCAUCGGGCAGCACCACCUUGCCCGUCUCCCUGCUCUUAUUGCUCCGUAUGAUGCAGAACUCGCGCUCGCCGGCUGUUAGGGAGGACGCCACUACCGAGUCAUCCUCGGGAUUCACUGACAUGAACUUGUUUAACGAACUGAGUAUUGCAGUUUGACCUGGGAACAGUUUAAACGAAACUAAUUUUUACGGAUUUUAUCGCGUAUUUUUUUUUAGGAUAGGGUGACAAACGAACACACAGUCCACCUGGUAGUAAGUGGUUGCUGCGGCCCAUAGACAUCUACAUCUAUCCUCGUUUGCGAAUCAAAACGCAGAUGCGUUGUCACCCGUGAGGACUAAGAUGGAAUGCCUCUUUUCCAGUAAAAAGGGUCACCGGAUCUCUACACUCACCAUACGAAACACAGCAGUGUUAAGCUGCCAUUUUACGCUGGUAUUUUGUGAGAGCGUGGUCCUUCAUGGGUCGAGCUGACCCAUUCGUGCUACAACUAUACUACUAAUAUAGCUGCAGCAUGUUUCUACCACGUAUAAACAUUGUAUAUUAACUUAUAUUAAAUUUCCAACAAUUCGAAUACUUUACAGCUCUUAAAAUAAGUUAAUAUAUGAGGUAAGAUUUAGUGUCAUUUAAAUGUGUAGUGUUCGUGUAAAUAUAAGAAGACAUUCUGGGAACAGUUUUCAUUUAUUUGUUCAUUAUGUAGCACCUCUGCAAACAAAGGCCUCUCACAUAGAUAGCAACAUAGGGGGGAAUUUGUCAUAAUUGCCACAUUAGACAGGCGGGUCAACAACCUCAGUUAUUUAUUAUUUUUAAAGUGACUACUUCGUUGCUCUAGUGGUUGUAAAGCGCUUGCUGACCAUGAAGUCCCCGGUUCGAAUCCCGGGUCGGGCCAGAAUCAGUUAUUGAGUUUUUCUGUCAAGAAAUUCUCAGUAGCAGCCCGGCGUCAGGAAGUUGGUGGUGUUUCACCCCCGUACUUUGGAGAGCACGUAAAGCCGUAGGUCCUGCGCCUGAUCUCUCUCCGAUCGUGUCGGAUUACCGUCUAAUCGGACUAUGAGAGUGAGGGAAUAGAGAGUGCACCUGUGCUUGUGUAUACACUUGGACACUAUAAUCCCGCCCUGCGCAGAUGAUUAGGCUCCGUUGAGACUGACACUCACGAGAUGACAGAGUGUAGUGGAAAGAUGGAGAGGCGCUCUAAUUUUUAUUAUCAGCCUAUCAAGUUCAUUGCUGAACAUAGGCCUCCUCAUAGAUUGCUUCCUGAGGACUGUGAUACCAUGCCUUAUUACCAGUAAAAAGGGUUUCUGGUUCUCUUCACUUACAAUAUGCAACACAUCAGGUUUAGAUUCACAAUAGUUCUUACAAGUAUUACGACAACAGUAAUUUUAUUUAAUAGAUAAUGCAAUUCCUCUACAUUUUUUAGCUAUGUUUCCCUUAGUAUUAUCCUCACAUACCACAGCAAACAGGGACUUAUAUAAGAGAAUGAAUAGCAUUUUAAAGCAUAUUAUACCAUCUUGAAAAACUGGCUCCCAUUGUUCCAUUGGCCCUACAGCGUCAGAUCUGCCAAUGACCACUCCAUCCUUAGAAACUCCUAGAUAUUUGCCAUAACCAGAUUUAAGCGCGAAUUUGUUCUCUCCAGCAGGAAAAGCAGUGAAUAUCUCUUCUGGGGAGGGCCCAUCGCCCUCGUCGUGUGGUGCUCCGAUUGUGAACAAGCCUGGUAGAAGAGGAUAUAUUAAAUUUGUU